UGUUGUUGUUACGUACGUAAAGAAUGGGAAAACACGUUCAGAUCAUGGCUGAUCACCGGUCGAAGCUGUUGGUUUGUGUAUUUCUUGUGCUAACCACUCAAACCUUAUCCGAGUUGACAGACAAAAUUAACAUCACAUAUGUUAAUAGCGCUGUCGAGAAAGGAGCAGUUUGCUUGGAUGGUACUCCACCGGCAUACUACCAUUCCGUAGGAUUCGGAGAUGGAGCUGAUAAUUGGUUGGUCUAUCUCGAGGGUGGUGCAUGGUGCAAUUCAACGGAGACGUGUCUCGAGAGAGUGAAAAUUAAAUGGCUUGCGAGUACCUCUACUAGACCGGCUAUUAGAUACGUGUCCGGGAUUUUCACCGUUAACCAAACGUUCAAUCAAGCCUUCUACAAUUGGAACAAAGUCAUCAUCGUAUAUUGUGAUGGCGCGUCAUUCACGGGAGACGUCGAAGAAGUCGAUCCAACAACCAACCUCCAUUACAGGGGUGCAAGGAUUUUCAGAGCCGUGAUCGAUGAUUUAUUAGCUAAAGGAAUGAAGAAUGCCAAAAACGCUGUACUUACCGGUAGCUCGGCCGGUGGAUUGGCCACGAUCUUGAAUUGUGAUCGCUUUAGAUCACUCGUACCUCAUGCUACUAGAGUGAAAUGCAUCUCCGAUUCCGGUUUCUUCAUUCACUCGUAAGUCUUAUAAUAAUUUUAUAAAAACCCCAUUUUAAUUUUUGUACAUCUUUUUGGUACUAAAAAAAUUUACAUGCGUAUUGGUGUAAUUAUUUUACGACAGAAAAAAUAUGCCCGGAGCAAACGAAAGAGAGGCGUAUUUCACUCAAGUGGCUGAACUACAUGUAUUAUUUCUCUUGCUCUCUAUUUAUUACAUGUAUUGGUGUAAUUAUUCAUCUCGUAUUUAUUUUUAUUGGAUUAAAUAAAAUACGAGACAAAAAAUCGUCUUACGAUAAAUGAUGCGAAUUGUCGUAUUACUUUUUCAGGGAAUGGCUAAAGCUUUGCCUCAAUCAUGUGCAUCAAAAAUGAAUCCUGGUUUGGUGAGAUGAUUAUUUUAAUUAUUAUCGUACUC